AAGCAACAUGCCGGAGGUUUCAACGAAAACAAAAAUAAUACCAAAGUGAAUCUAAUCUCAUAUUCUGUGAAUCAUAAUUACAUCGUCCUCCUCGAUGCCUUCAUCGGUGCGGCGAGCUGCCUGACGGUGUGUUGUUUAGCGGCAGAAGAUUCUUUGUUUUGACGAAAAUCUCCUCGAAAAAAACGCGUCGGCCCGCGGGUACUAUUUUCCCCAAGUUUUUGUUUUGUUUUUGUGCAAUUUGCUUUUGGCAGAAGUGCUAUCAUCGAACAAAAGUGCAAUCGAACAAGCGCUGCGCAUACGCUGAGAGAAAGUUGGAAAGCUUGCGUUGCGGCGUUCGGGAAAGUGUGCGGUUGACUUUGGAAAAUAGAGAUUUGGCAAUAAAGUAAGGAAGGAGGGGAAAACAUCAUCGGGAAAUCAGAAACUGCACCCCGCAUUUGGUAGCCUGAUCGCGGACGCGAUGGCCGACGAUUACUUUGUACAGAACAACUCGCACAGCGAUGACUCAGAGGUAGAACUGAACCUCAACAGUCCAGAGUUAAAAGGUUACUUGAGCAAGUGGACGAAUUACAUACACGGCUGGCAGCCGCGGUUCAUCGUGCUGAAGGAUGGUACACUAUCGUACUACAAAAGUGAACAGGACAGUGAUUUUGGCUGUCGAGGAGCGAUCAGCCUGCAGAAAGCAUCGAUUAAGUCCCACGAGUUCGACGAAUGCCGGUUCGACGUGGCGAUCGGUCAGAACGUUUGGUAUUUACGCGCGGAAACGCCGGAAGACAAACGGAACUGGAUCGAGGUGUUGCAGUCGUACAAAACCGACGUACCGGAGACAGUAAGCUUGAGGCGACACGGCAGUACGAUAUCGCUCCAGUCGAACACGCUAUCCACGGCUAGCGGGAGUAGCUUGAAGCGGGUCAGCCGUGGUUUGCGUGAAAAGCUGCACGAAAUUGAAACGUUCCGCGACAUACUUUACGGCCAGAUCGACACACUCCAGCGCUAUUUUGAUGCUCUCCACCAUAAAAACGAAGACCAGCCGCCACUGGAUCUUGGUGAUGGUCUGAAGCCGAUCGAUUUCAAAGGUGAAGCGAUAACGUUCCGUGAAACCACUGCCGGUGUGAUUAUUACCCUACAACAUUGCCUGGACAUAAUCUCACAGAAGGAGGAGAGCUUUAAGAAAAAGCUUGACAAAGAGCAGGAACGGCGACGGAAAGCGGAAGAACUGUACAGGAACUGUAAGGAUGAGCUAGCAAAGAACAGAAACUCCGUUAUACCCGGACCAGAUUUGGAGGAAGGACCACAUUCAACCAUACCGGAAGAUGAAUUCUUCGAUGCGGUUGAGACGGGGUUGGACAAGAUCGAGGAAGAUCGUCAGCUGCGGGUGCGGUUGAAGUACCAAUCACAGCAGUCUCAACUAAGCAACGCAGGCUCGGUACACAGCACCAACCUCGAGGCGGAAGACGAAACGGUUCAGCUAGCGGAAGACUUUGGCACCGGUGCGCAAGCGCAGUGCCACAAGCUGUGGCCGGAAAUUGAUCGCAUCUGCACCGAGCAGCUGACGCAGGCCCGCCAGGGCGUCGGCGAGGAUGGCAACGGCUGGCAGCUGUUCGCCGACGAGGGUGAGAUGAAGAUGUACCGGCGCGAGGAGGAGGUGGACGGUAUGGUAAUCGAUCCGCUGAAAUCGUGCCACGUGGUGAAGGGGGUGACCGCGCGGGAAAUGUGCCAUUACUUCUUCGACCCGGCGUACCGGAACGACUGGGAGACGACGCUCGAGGACGUGCAGAUCGUGGACAAUGUGGCGCCCGACACGCUCGUUUUCCUGCAGACGUACAAGCGCAUCUGGCCCGCCAGCCAGCGGGAUGCGCUGUUCUGGUCGCACAUGCGCCGCAUCACCGAUAACGUCGACGUCGGGGCCAACGAUGUGUGGGUCGUGUGCAACCAUUCCAAUCAGAACGAGGAGUAUCCGCCCGCCAACCAAGGAAAGUGCGUGCGAAUCUAUCUGACGGUGAUAUUAGUUUGCCAAACCUACCUUACGCCGGGCAAGGACAGCAAGACGGCUACCCGGGACGAUCUGACGUGUAAAAUUACCUACUGCUCCACCGUAAACCCCGGCGGAUGGGCCCCGGCCACCGUGCUGCGCGCUAUCUAUAAGAAAGAAUAUCCAAAGUUCCUUAAACGUUUCACCGGGUACGUUGUUGAUCAAUGUAAAGCGAAGCCCAUUAUGUAUUAGGCUGCAAUAAGGUUAGGCAAUAUGUUUGUUUUUUCCCUCCCAAGCCUCACCCAAAUGAGUCUUAGGGAAAAGGUCUAAAUGUUGUUAUACAUACACACACACACACACACAUACACACAAAUAUAUAAAAACCUACCCACGCGCAUUAUUUUUCUUAUCUCUUUCUUCCGUAUGUGGGUGGUACGCUGUCGUACAGCUUUAUGAGGAACGCGAAGAAGGUUACAUAUUAAGCGAUGGGAAACAUUAUUUAGAGAGGUACCACACGAACUGGUUUGGUAGGUGGGUAGGAGGGGUAAGGGCUCGUGUGAGGGCCGGUUGUGGAUAAACCCAGCCAGCGAAACCAGGCUGAUUCUGGCAGCAGGAAUCGCGAUCGAACAUAUCUUCGAAUUAGGCUUUAGGCGUGGUUCAGUGUAUGAAGUAACAUUACCUAUGCGCGGCGGGAGUGCCGUUUUUUUUAGAGGAGAAUGGUAGCCACCAAAGGUAGAGCGAAAGUGGAGUUUAUCAAAGAAUCAAAAGCUUAUAGGAUGUUUUCAGCAUUAGAAUUUAUUUCCGUCGCGAAAGUGGCACAAACGCGAGGGUUUUGUUAGGGGUUAGAUUGUUUGUUGUAUCGUACCUGCUUCCUCGUGCAGCAGCAAAAGGAUAUUACGCGAAAUAACACCCCGCCCUCCCCGGGUUACAUCAAUGCUGUCGCAGUCUUCACACGGUGUUUAUUAGGUGAAACAUUUCAAUCGUAGAAGUAGCGCGUGCCGAAAGGUUUCAGUACUGCGGUUGAAAUAUUUCCCCGCGAUCGUUUCCUGUUCCUUCCAGUGAUGCCGCGUGCGAGCGACGCGGAGUUGGUGGGGGAGUAACUUUGAAGAUCUGUUUCUCUAUCGACAAAUGUAAUUGCGUGUUAUUAGUGUCUAAGUUUAGUUAUCGGGUGCAGCCCACGAGCGUCCUUUUCUUCCGUCUCCUCCGGUUACAAUCUUAGGGAGUGAUGGAAGGAAAUUUCGUGAGCAUUGUUAGGUAAUGUAAAAUGUAAAGAAUAAAAAACACACACACAGGAAAACAUAC